AUGUGCAUCUCUGAAAUGCACUCAGUGGAAGUUGAAUCGCUGGCGGACGAUAUCUGGACUCAGCGAGGGUUUUGGAAACGCUAUGAGGACAUCGUGACGUACAGUGCAUGCCAGGCCACCGAGCUUCAUUAAUAUCGACCACUGAGACUGUUCCUGCGCUUGCUCGGAGGUAUCGGAGCUGGUGACCUUCUCUUGAAGCUUGCGGACGGCCUCGCCGUGUACGAAAGCAGAACCGAACAAUGCGUUGGUUGGGGAUGCCGACCCGACCGAUUUGACCAGCCGGACGGACAGAUGGCCAAGCGAUGUUGUGACCAGAUCGGCGUGUCAAGCGGACAGAACUGGUUUCGUUUCAUUUCAUGUCCAUCGGUCUGCGCUGGCCGCCGCCAUCCGUGUGCCCUGUACCCUGUUUUUGGAGCGUGUGGCGGCUACGACAGUCAUAAAAACAGUUGUCUAACGGCGAAUCGUCACAAUUUUUUUCUCUUUGCACAGGCUGAACGCUUAUUACUAAUACCAACGUUGGCUGGAAUGCGAAGAAAGCGGAAGCAGGCUGUUAAGGAACCACAGAAGCCAUUGCCGCUAGAAGUAGAGGCGCCAAGUCACGAACAGAGUCGACCCGCAGUUUCGUCAUAUUUUUACUUGCCUGCCUACAUCGAGCAGCCGAUAUGUUUCGGCCCAACGACUGCGUCGAACAACACGGCUAGUUUUAGACGAAGUUCCGCUUCGACCAUGUGCGCCAUCAGACCCCAUGCAGGCUCCACUCCCGACAUUAGUGCCGAGGAACGAACUUCGCUGUUUGCGGCUAAUGAAGAAGCGACGCCUAUCACUGUCAUUCGCGCUAUCAUUACCGUGACGGUCGAGUACGCCUGGCCAUGUGCUGUACUCAGUGGUCAGUUGCGCGAGGACGUCGCCUUUGACAACACAGUGUCACCUGUAAAUGAGGUUGUGACGGACCUAGGCGACAGUGGUAUUCAGCGUCGCCUGUUUGACAUCCAUGUGACAGACCAGGCUUCUAUCCGAUACUUGUUGCGCGAAAUGGCCGCUCUGCUUAAGCUCAAGAGUCCUCUUCCCUGGGAGGCUCACUUCUGUGACCUCUAG